UUUUCACUGUGAGAGUUUCAAAUUGGUUGGGUAUUUCUUAGGGCAACAACCAAUAAAUAUUAUUGUAUCCCUUAUAUUGCCUAAUUAGUUAGUGAUUUUUCUUUAUACUACUACUAAAUACUAAAAGUAUAGAUUCCGUGUCUUCCUUCCCUGUCUGUAAUUUAAGUUUAAGCAGAAGCUUCAUCGGCCCCGCGUACCACCCCUUCCUCACCAGCAAAAAUAAAAGAAAAAAGUUUCUGCUAUUAUACAAUUGAAAGAAUGGGGGAGAUGUUGGGACUGCUAAAAGUGGUGGUUGUGCAAGGUAAAAGGUUGGUUAUCCGGGAUUUCAAGAGCAGUGAUCCUUAUGUUGUAGUCAAGCUCGGUGAUCAGGUGGCAAAGACUAAGGUCAUCAACAGUUGCCUUAAUCCAGUAUGGAAUGAAGAGCUCACUUUCUCCCUCACUGACCCUGUUGGAGUUUUAAAUUUGGAAGUAUUUGACAAAGACCGUUUCAAGGCUGAUGAUAAGAUGGGACAUGCUUAUCUAAACCUUCAGCCACUUGUCUCUGCUGCUAGAUUGAGGCAUGUUGUACGAGUUUCUUCUGGUGAGAUGACGUUAAGGAAGGUUGUCCCUGACAUUGAUAAUUGUCUUGUUACAGACAGUUGUAUUAGCUGUAUAAAUGGUGAAGUAGUUCAGAGUGCUUGGUUAAGGCUUUGUGCAGUUGAGUCUGGGGAGAUAGAACUGAAGGUCAGGUUAAUUGAGACUUGUGAUGGACCUUCAAGAUAGAUGAGCUAUAUAUGUGCUGAGGAGAUAGUGUUUGGGCUCUGGUAGUGCUUGGGUUUCAUCGUGUAUCUUUGGAACCAACAAGGGUGGGGGGAUGAUUCUGCAGAAUUUAAUUAAGGUGAGUCAGGGCAUAUGCUUUGAAUGUCACCGGAGUCUAGUUUUAUCGAGCAGCUCUGAAUGUAGAUAAGUAGUGUAUCAUCUUCGGUAAUCAGAAAAAAGAAAGGUGGUUUCAAACAAAUGUUUCCGCUGGAAUCGAAAGUAGUUUGUAUAACCCUUGAUUAUAAUCAUAUGGGAUUGGAUUCGUAAAUGCACAAUUGUUGUGUAUAUGCUUUUGCAGUGUGGUAUUCAGCAAUUGGUUGUUUUGUUUAAAUGGCGGCUCAAGUUUUAUACUAUAUCAUGUCAAUGGUAAGGAGUAGGAAUUGGAGAUGUACUUUUAGCUCCAAUAUAUAUCAAUAGAUUUUGCAUGCAUCCCUAAUUGGCGUUUGGUCGUGGAAUGUUGGAUUUCGGAGGAAAAUAUGUUAUCCGGGAAAGUAUGAUCUUCAUGGGAAAGUAAGAUUUUUAUAACAUCCUGUUUUUAGAUUCAUGCGUUU